AAAUUAUGAAAAAAAUAAAAUGAACGCACAUAAAUAGCAGAGAAGUCAUUCAGUGAAGCCGGGUGUACGGAGACGCAGAGCUCCGCAUACAGUAGAGAGUGAUCCACGUAUUAUACAGAGACAACCAAGGAGGUCCUGAACCCGAAGAAGUCCUCUCAAAUUCAUUGGAUCGCUUUUCAUGUCCCCGACCAUUGCUAAGCUUCUUCACAGAACGAGUUUGAUUUGCAAUUUGGGUUGGUGAUAGAAUCAAUCCAUGGCUGCGCCACCGGCAAGGGCUCGGGCCGAUCACGAUUAUCUCAUCAAGCUUCUCCUUAUUGGCGACAGCGGUGUUGGGAAGAGUUGUCUGCUUUUGCGUUUCUCUGAUGGCUCCUUCACAACAAGUUUUAUCACCACUAUUGGGAUUGAUUUCAAGAUAAGAACCAUCGAGCUUGAUGGCAAACGGAUUAAAUUGCAAAUCUGGGAUACAGCUGGUCAGGAACGAUUUCGAACAAUUACUACAGCUUACUAUCGAGGAGCCAUGGGUAUUUUGUUGGUGUAUGAUGUUACUGAUGAGUCAUCUUUCAACAACAUUAGGAACUGGAUUCGCAACAUCGAACAACAUGCUUCUGUCAGUGUCAACAAGAUACUGGUGGGAAACAAAGCUGAUAUGGAUGAAAGCAAAAGGGCUGUGCCUGCAUCUAAGGGUCAAGCUCUUGCUGAUGAGUAUGGUAUCAAGUUCUUUGAAACUAGUGCAAAGACAAACAUGAAUGUGGAGGAGGUUUUCUUUUCAAUAGGCAGAGAUAUCAAGCAGAGACUUGCAGAAUCUGAUGCCAGGGGCACUGAGCCUCAGACACUUAGGAUUAACGAACAAGACAAAGCUGCCGGUGGUCAAGCUGCACAAAAGUCAUCUUGCUGCGGUUAGUAGAAAGAGGGAAGAUUCUGUUAGUCGUACUGAUUUGGGUUUGAGGGGGAACUUGAUAACUUUAUGGUGGCCGCCUCUCUUAGAUCUCUCGACUACCAGCAUUAGUAUUAAAAGUAGUUUUCAUUGUUACUUUAUUUUAUCUCAAAUGUGGAAUUUAUAAUAUGACAUUUUCCACCCUUUCGUCGUUCUGGUCUAGGGGGAUUGUUGUCAUUGCCUCUGUUUGCUUGCUUGUCUCAAUGUAGAUAGAGAUAAUUAGGUCCGAGCUUCUUGUCAAGAAAAAUGCUUUAGGUGUUUCCUUUGCCUAGUUUAACUGAUAUUAUAAAGUUUCUCGUCGAAGUUCAAACAUUGUGAAUUUACCUUCCUGCAGUAAACCCGGCUCAUAUUUACUUCAU